AUGGCUACCUCCAAAAACAUCGACGGCGACGAAAUCUCCGAGCUCAAGUCAGACGCGUUCGCUGUUUCUGCAAAGAACCUUUCCUGCGUCGAGGAGUUCGGUCGAAAAUGGCACGACCGCGGUAUCAAGGCUGGCGUCACUCAAGCUAGAACGAAAGUUGAGGACGGCACCUCGGCCUCUCUAAUGGAAAAUGCUCGCGAGACUAUCGCCGCGCUGGCCGCCCGCAACAAAGAGCUUGAGAAACAAGUCAAGGAGCUGAACUACUACAAGGACAUCGCACUGGACGCUCACGACAUCGUGACUUCUUCCGGCUCUAUGGCCUGGCAUAUCCUGGAAACCGAGAAGGCAUACAUGAGGCCUGAAAGUUUCAACAAUCUUCGUGGAAUAGCUGCAGACCUCAAAACAGCCAGAUCAAGGUGCAAAGCCAUGUUUAAUCAUGCUUCUGAGAAGGCCAGGGGUUACAGUGACGACUCCCCAGACGUUGAGCGCAAGAACAAGCGUCAACGAAUCUAG